AUGCAUGACGAGAAUUUUCGAUUUGUAAACAUAGAAAAAGGAAUGGAAGGAAGUUACGACUCAUUGGUAGUAUCGACUUUUAUCAGCACCACUACCGUAAUUAUGCUUCUGAGUGGAAUGCGUAAAAAACCUUAUUUUAUGCUCCCAUUCAUUGUUUACUGCUCACUACAAGCUGUUAUCAGUGAUUUCUAUUCACUGAACUUCAAUUUUAGUCUUCUGUUCCUUUCCUACUUCAUUACGACGGCCUUAUUACAAUAUUGGUUUAGUGGAACUUUCUCUUUGUUUACUAUUCAGCUGAUAGCCAUAUUUAUUUCGGCAUCGCUAUACUGGGUUAUAUCAUUACGAAUUGUUCGUGAACAAAGACAACAGAUUCAGAAGUCCGCAAAGUCGCAUCACAAAUUACUAGUGUGA